AUGCUUAAUCCAAAUACGCUCGGUCGUCUGGGGAGCCCUUGGGGCAGAAAUUCAAGAACCUCUGAUGUGCUGUCCUCGUAUAUAGCUAUGGCAUGUGAAACGACGCUUUUCCAGCCAAAUCAAGAACUAGAAAUGGAAAUAGCUGAGUACAUCAAUACCAAAAAAUCCAAUUGUCCACGAGAAGCUGCGUUUGAGAUAUUAAGGCAUGUCAAUCAGGGAAGCCCUAGAUCAGCGCUACUAGCUCUUCAUCUACUUGAUGUGCUGGUCAAGAACUGUGGUUACCCUUUCCAUCUCCAAAUAGCGACAAAAGACUUCCUCAAUGAGCUUGUGCGUAGGUUCCCAGAGCGUCCACCCGCCUAUCCAGGUCCAAUCAUGGGCAAAACGCUCGAGCUUAUCAAUGAGUGGAAGAAUGGCGUAGCGACUACUUCAAAACACAAGGAGGACCUUGUUCACGUUAGAGACAUGUGGAGAUUGCUUGGUUAUAAAGGUUACAGAUUCCCAGAAUUGAGUAGAAAUGCUGCUAUAACCGUUGCGACUGAUAACCUCAAAUCACCCGAAGAAUUAGAAGAGGAAGAUAGAGAAGCGCAAUCCGCGAAAUUGCAAGAACUUAUCAGGCGUGGUACACCAAGAGAUUUAGCUGCUGCUCAAGAUCUCAUGAAAAAGCUUUCUGGAUUUGACGAACGCAAGCCAGACUAUCGCGCACAAACAUUGAAAGAACUCGACAAAGUUCAGCACAAAGCUAUACUUCUUAACGAUAUGCUAGACCAAGCUGCACAGACUCAGGAAAAGCUCGUGCGUGGUGAUGCAUAUGAUCAAGUAGCAUCACUUUGCAAGCAAGCAAGUCCGAAACUACAAAAAUGGAUAUCUGAUGCAUCUGAAUCGGACCCAGACUUGCUAGAACGCUUAUUGCAGAUUAACGACUUGAUAAACAACGUCGUAAACAGAUACACAGCUUUUAAGAAUGGUGAUUACGAUGCCAAGUUUGAAAUGAAUGAAAACUUUCAAUCUAAGGGUAUCACAUCUGGAAAUUCAAACGACCGAAGUGAAGGUCAGAAUUUGAUUGACUUCGAUGAUCCUUUGCAGUACGAACACGUUGAACGCGACGAAGGUAAUGAUGCUGGAGUACAACUAGGAGGAGGUGCAAGCAGUGAACUUCCAGUAGAUUUAUUUUCUGCACCAUCCCCUGGCCCUACAGGAUCUGCAGAUGUGCAAUCCCAAACGCAACCUGCUCAAGUAUCAUCACCACCAGCGAUGAACUUGAGCUCAAAUGAAGCUUUAAAGAGUCUCUAUGCAAUGAGGCCAGCAACAGGCACACCAGUCAGCUAUUCCCAACCAUACACUCCUGCUGCCCAAAGCCCUAUAACACCAGGACUGAACACACCCGCCAAUAUCAAUAAUACCACAACAUCUAAUGCACAAUUUACAAAUCCCCAACCUCAUCCACCUCAACAACCUCAACAAAAGUCACCGUUUGACGAUUUAGUUGAUUUGAUGAAAUAA